AAUUCUUCAAAAAAUAUUUUUUAAAAUUUUUUUAUAAAAAAACUCAAAAAAUACUAAAUAUUUUUUCAUCAAUGUAAUCAUCUUUACGUUUACUCUUCAGUGUAAACAUACGUAAAUUUUACACAUUUUUUAUCCAACUCCUAAAAUAUUCCAAGCUCAAGUUUAAUUUUGCAGGCAUUUUUGUUUAGUUUCUUAUCUAGUUAUUUCUUAUCGAAACAGUAACAUCUAUCGCAAGUACAUGAUGCAAUUAUAAUAAUAUUAUGCAAAGAUGCUAAAUUAAUCUCUUAAAAUAAUGGACACUUGGAACAUUAAAACUGUUUCAUUAAAAUGUAAAUUACUCUAAGAAUUAUUAUUUUUAAUUAUAUUUAUAUAUAAUUAUUAUUAUUUUUCAACUUAAUUAAUGCAGUUAGAUACAUUGACAUUGGUUAAAAUAUCUAUAAUGUAAAAUUAAAAAUGAAAAUUUUUUUAAUUAUUAUUAGAUAUUCAACAAAAUCAAAAGGAGGGAGUUAAGUAUUUCCAGGUUCCCCUACCAAACCAUUUCAUAGCAUACGCUUAUAUAUAUAUGGAACAAGACUUUCCUUAUAAGUCUCAGUCUUCGGAGUUACUGCAAAUCUAGUAAACAUUUGCUGAAGAAAGUUUAAAAAUCAAUAAACAAUAAUAAUUUUUUAAUCUUAGUGUUAAUUUUACGCAUUAUGAUAAGUGAACAAAACAUGGAAGCUGAAACACGUAGAACGCCGAUACAGAAUUUUUAUGCCGGACAGUCGAUCUUCAUCACAGGAGGUACCGGAUUUCUUGGAAAAGUUUUAAUUGAAAAACUAUUACGAAGUUGUGCCGAUAUUUCCACGAUAUAUCUGCUGAUACGAUCAAAAAAAGAUAAAUGCCCCAACAGUCGACUAGACGAAAUAUUCGAAAAACCUCUUUACAAUCAAGUAAAAAAGGAAGUACCCAAUUUCCGCCAAAAAGUCGUCCCGGUUAUAGGCGAUUUAAAUGUCAAAGACUUUGGAUUAUCAGCAAAUGACAAGAACAUGCUAAUAAAUGAAGUAUCCAUAAUUUUUCAUAUGGCAGCGAAUGUACGUUUUAACGAAGAAAUCAAAGUUUCUACGGCAGCAAACAUUAACGCUACUGCUACCAUCUUGAAGCUUGCAAAACAUAUGAUAAAUUUAAAGUCACUUAUUCAUGUGUCAACCGUAUAUGCGAAUUGCUAUGUGGACCAUAUUGAAGAACGAUUUUACUCAUAUCCUAUUAAUUACAAAAAUCUUAUUACGUUUACACGUAAUUUACCUGAAAAUAUAAUCAAGAAAAAAAUAACUAGAAUUAUAUCACAAUGGCCGAAUAUUUAUACAUUUACAAAAGCAAUGGCGGAAGGACUUCUCAGAGACGAAAGCGGAGAUUUACCAAUUGGAAUAUUUCGGCCUGCAAUAGUUUUGUCUAGUGCCAGUGAGCCACUCGUUGGAUGGAUCGACAAUAUGUAUGGACCACUUGGCAUUGUCGUAGCUUCACUACUUGGCUUAGCAAGAUUUCAACGUUGUGAUCCCAGUGUCAAGGCAAAUAUAGUACCAGUCGAUUUCACCGCAAAUGCAUUAAUUGCUAGUGCUUAUGACGUCCAUAACCAAUCAAGGAGAGGCAGAGAUAUGUUAAUUUAUAAUUUUGUAUCACCAAUUGAUGGGCCUACUUGGAAGGAAUAUACUCACACAUUUCUCGACAUAAGUAAAACAUAUCCCUUGAGAAAUGCCAUGUACAUACCCAUAAUGAUUCACUUACAAUAUAAAGCAUCCUAUAAAAUUUGUACUUGGCUCUGUCACUUUCUUCCGGCUUUAUUUAUGGAUAUUGCAAGCAUCUGUAUAAAUCGUAGUCCGAGUAUGUGCAAGUUGUAUGCAAAGAUUGACAAAUUUUCCAAAGCAAUCGAACCUUUUUGUAAUAAAGAGUGGACUUAUUCUACUGACAAUAUUCAUGCAAUGUGGGAUCGUCUCAAUGAAAAGGAUCAACAAUUAUUUAAGUUUAACAUGAUAGAAUUUAACUGGACAAAAUAUUUUAUUGAUCAUUAUCAGGGCUUACGCCUCUACAUAGUCAAGGAUGAUGAGAAUACUUUAGAAAUCAGCCGUAUUAAAUAUAAAAGAUUUUAUUGGAUACACCAAAUGAUAAAAGUUGUAUUUGUUUUUGCUGUCUUUUGGAUUAUAUUAAUUAUAUUUAAGAAUUUGUUUAUAUAAUGUUAAUAUUAAGAUAUUUAUUAUCUUAUCACCUUGUUUUACAUUUGCUUCAUGACACAUGUAAUACAUUUAUCAUCUAUGCAUUCUCUUUUCUUCUGCAAUUGCAAUAAUUUAAUAAAAUAGUAAAAUUAUAAGUUAGCUAUUAGAUUAAUAUGUGAAUAACAUAGGAAAUCAGCUUUCAGUUAAAGCAGAUUUUGAUAUUUAAUCUCUCGCAGACUAACCUGGAUCUUAUCGACGAUUUUUUAAUUCUAAAUUAUUAGAUGGAUGUUACAUAGAAAAGAUCGACUUUUGUAAUUGUUAAUAAUAAAAAUUUAUCAGUAGAAUUA